AGGAACAUGUCUAACGAGAAGCUCCAAGAAUCUGCACUUUGCGCUGCUGGUCCUCAUUGUUUCUCUUCUCCAGUCAGCAUUUGGACGGGAGUUGAAAUUUGUGAUUUUAAUUUAUCGACAUGGAGACAGAAGUCCUAUUGAAAACUAUCCCAAUGACUUACACAGUGAAAGUGAAUGGCCACAAGGAUUUGGGCAACUGACUAAGAUUGGAAUGAAGCAGCAGUAUGAGCUUGGACAAUACAUAAAGAAGAGAUAUUCAAACUUUCUGAGUGCCAGUUACAAAAGAGAGGAGAUCUUAAUCCAAAGCACUGAACUUGAUCGAACCAUAAUGAGUGCCCAAGUAAAUCUUGCUGGUCUGUUCCCCCCUACUGGUGAUCAAAUCUGGAAUCCUGAACUCCUGUGGCAACCAGUCCCAGUACAGGUAGUUCCAAAGGCAAGCAAUCCAAAAUUACGCUAUCCAAUUUUCCAAUGUCCACGCUACAGAGAACUUUUGAAGAAAACAGUAGCAUCAGAUGAAUUCCAGGAAAAAAUUAAACCAUAUGAGGAAUUCAUCCAAACCAUAGCUUACUACUCAGGAUAUGACACUCAAGUUCUCAAAUAUCCCGAAAAUUUUAAAAUCUGGCAUGUACAGGAUACACUAUUGUGUGAGUCUAUUCACAAUUAUACAUUACCUGAAUGGGCUACUGAAGAUGUAAUGGCAAAGUUGGCAGAGCUUACCGAAUUAUCCUUGUCAUCACUGUUUGGUAUUUACAAAAGAGAAGAAAAAGCACGGUUGCAAGGAGGUCUCCUUGUGAAAGAUAUUCUACAAAAGUUCUCAGAAGCUCAAUUCCCACAGAAAAGAAAGAUGGUAGUCUAUUCUGCACAUGACACUACUCUUGGUGCCCUGCAGAUGGCACUCAAUAUAUACAAUAAUAAACUACUACCUUAUGCUUCUUGCCAGAUUUUUGAACAGUAUGAAGAAGAAAAUGGAGUUCACACUAUUGAAAUGUAUUUUCGAAAUGACACUUCAAAAGAGCCCUAUCCAGUCACUUUGCCUGGCUGUUCACCUGUAUGUCCACUACCACAGUUUGCAAAACUGGUUUCUCCCAUCCUGGUGGACAACUGGGAAAAAGAAUGUGAGAUGGACAGAGAUGAAGGAAAAUGUCCCCAACCUACUGAUGAGCCAGUGGUGCCAAUAGAGGAGACGCAAGGUCCAAAUCCCACUGCUGUACAAGAGAUCCCUGAGACCCCGAGGCUUGAAUUUCCAGAGACUGCAAUCCCUGAGCAUAGGACACUGGACAAGCCCAUGCACCAACGCAAGACGCGCACCUGGCAUCAGCUUUUGGAGAGAGUAAGAAAGGCUGAACUCUCCAGUUAAAGCUUCCAAGUUGUCAAGCAAGCAGAACUGGAGGGAGGCUUUGAUGACAGCACAAGCUUUUAUCUUGUCUAAGACCUGUUACAGUAUGAUCCCAAGACUGCUCUUCAGAACCAGAACACAAGUCAAGAAAAUGCAGAAAUGCCUAUCUGGAAGGAAGCCAGCUGAUA